GAUAUUGCCUUUUUUUUCAUCGGCGAUCUUUCAUAGAGUUGCCGAAGCCAGAAAAUCUGCUAAUGCAAUCCGCAGAAUUACAUCAGAUCAAGGUGUGGAUCUAUUUCGAACAAGUGAUAUCCAAGAAGAAGCCAUUCGUUACUUCUCCAACCUGUUUCAGUUUUCACCGGUGAACCACACUCGAGCCUCUAUCUCAUCCCUUCGCUCUCUUAUCGACUUCAUCAGAUGCUCCAACUAGAUGCAAGCGAAUCUUCUGCAACAGGUCCGAUCUGAUGUUUACGAUUUGUUGUGGUUAAUCUUCCCAAUUGACUAAGUGCAAGUUAGAACAUGGUAGCUUCUGAUUCACGGCCAAUGAGACUCCGCUUGCGAGCUGAACUCUUUUUGGCAUCAUUCGCAGUGAGAGAAGAGAGCAUACGCAGUGAAGAAGGGAGUGGAGCUUAUAUUUCAAAGUAUAUUAAAGUUACCGAUCAAUCUGGCCCUAGGUUCCCUAGCUCCAACGCGGAAGGACUCUCAUUUCGUCCAGAUCUUUGCUUUGCGGCAUCUCCAACUGCAAGAUCUCAUCCUUCGGCGAAUCAUGUGGGGCUCAGAAGAGUGCUCCCUACGACGGUAAAUCGGGGCAAAAGACCCUUUCUUCGACGACGUGGACACGGGGAGGGAGCAGGCGAAGCGUGUCGCAUCUUGCCAGGAAGUUGGUGGGCUUAUCAUGAAUUAGGUCGGGGUGGCUGGUGGUUUCGGGAUCCCGUAGAAAAUGCUUCUUUUAUGCCUCGGGUAUUAGCCACAGCUCGAACCUUUUCAAUACGGUCCGGAUUGCUAGCUCCCGUUCAUAGUUUUGCUACAGAUGAUACACGAGGAAUCUUUUUAUGGUGGUUCUUCCUUCUAAUGACCGGCAUAUCUAUGAUUCUUUUCUACCAGAUGAAGCAGCAGGCAUCGAGCCAGCAAUUGGCUGCCGGAUUUCGUCCUGCAAUGAGGCAGAUCGCUUCGGGGGGUCACUGUGGCGUGGCUGAAUGUAGAGCAGUCCGCCCCUACAGCACAGCUGUCCCGCGGAUUAAGGAAUCCGCAAAGGCUAAUGCCAUAAGACGAGCAAGACUAAAGAAAGAGAAGAUCGGUCCUCGUCCACUCGGAAAGCUUUUUCUCAUCAUAGGGGGACGGAGACGGUUAGUCAGCAUUCCACUACCAACGAGCAGCAAACUCCUUGCGACUCUAAUUGAGAAAAACCCAACAACGGCCACCCUCCCUAGGUAUUUUGCCCUGCGCGGAUUCUGGAGCUUCUUCUUUAGUCUAGGAUUUCAAAUAAUAAUCAAAUCAAAAGAAGCGGCUGGGCGAGAACAAGAAGCGGUCGUCGUACGCCGGCCGGUAGCUCUACUAAGCGAAGAACCGCUCGCUGCCUUUUCUUCGCGAAUAACCAUGUGGAGUGGAGGUAGCCUAGGAGAAGAGAAGCAAGCUACCUUCGCCUACCUCCCAUCUAUAAGCGGCAAUGGCCUACCUUACAAAGGGAAACGGCCGCAUCGGCCCGCUUCGUCACCGUCGGUUCCCGCAACCAAGCCUUUCUCUUAUUCUUUCUUUCAGAAGGGCUUGCGGUUCAUUACACCAAAGGCUUUCAGUGAACUAUUGAAGCUAUCGAGAGAGUACCAAAUACCAAAUGCUGACGGUGACGAAGGUUACCGACUUUCGGUGGACGCGGAGCCAACGAGUUCAGUCGAAGAGCGUAACGAGUCUAAGGUUACAGAAGCGUUCGCCAACUUUGAUAGCUGGAAAGGCACUAACGCUUUGCCGAGUUAUGAUAGGGGGAUGAGGGGAACAGACAGAGAUGGUCAUACAGACUUCUUUAUCAGACCGACUGCUGAUCGCCUUCAAACGACUCUUCCAGUCGCUGACCUACCUCGAGGAAGGCCCCUUCAACCGGCUUCAAAACUCGCUAUUCUGCUGACGAUUUUAGCCUUUAUAUAUCACCCCGAAUGGAGUACUCAAGUUGAACCGGGCGGACCUUUGGAAGGGUCUGUUCGAGAACUUCACAACUUCACUCUAGGGCCAACCUCGAAGGGUUUCCUCUCUUUAUUCAAUAGAACAGCAGCCAACCACCGAGGCUCUUCGUCAAGUCGAACCACACCGAGGAGGCACUUGUUAACCACCGGAUGGAGCAAGUUCGUGAACAAUAAGAAGCUAAUCGCUGGUGAUUCUGUUGUAUUUAUGAGGAAAUCGGCUGAUGAGAUGUUUAUUGGUGUAAGGCGAGCACCAAUCUCUAGUAACGUCGGAGGAACAAGCUUCUACGGCGGAGAUGAGUACUGUAGUUAUUAUCAGAGCAAUGGAGGCGUUGCUAAGGAAGACGACGGAAGUGCGAAGAAGGGGUUUAGGAGGACUGGGAAAGGGAAAUUGACGGCUGAAGCUGUCUCUGAGGCGAUUAAUAGAGCAGCUCAGGGUUUGCCGUUUGAGGUGGUUUAUUAUCCUACGGCUGGAUGGUCGUACUUUGUGGUGAAGGCAGAAGAUGUUGAGGCUUCCAUGGCUAUAUUCUGGACUCCUGGUACUAGAGUGAAGAUGGCCAUGGAGACUGAGGACUCUUCGCGGAUUACUUGGUUUCAGGGGAUUGUCUUCUCUACAUAUCAGGAAACUGGUCCAUGGCGUGGAUCUCCUUGGAAACAGCUUCAGGUUCCAGUUGUGUCAAGUUUGGAUUGCUGUGUUGGGGGGAUUCGUGGUUUGAAAUCGAAAUAUGUUGAUUGGAAGCAGUAUUAGCUGGCAUGGAAAGAACCUCUCCCUUCUCCCAUAGUCACUUCUGGGUCCUCUUUGUCUGCUCUGCUGUUAUCACUCUCAGGAUAUUGGCUUUUUCUUGGGAGAUCCUACGGGAAAAGAAGGAAAGAAGUCAAAAUAAGAGAGUCAGAGCCUAGGUUAGAAGUCAGUUUCAGUUCUCUUAGGAUUCUUGUGGGAUUGACUCCUGGUAAGGAACCGUCUUUACAUCUCACACUUGUUGGCUCGUUAGGAAGGGAAGUUCAAGCUUGCCUAUUUUACCUUCUGGUGAGAGUUUCCGGUAAGCUUUCACAGAGCAGAUGUUGUUCUCGACUGAAUCAACAAGUGGAAGAGUCACGUCAGUGCCUAAAGCCACUUGCGCCAGAAUUUCUAAAUCUAGUUAGUAGGGAGAUGUUGGCACAAGAAGGCGAACUUUCACCAUAUAUCAAUAAGUCCUCUGCUCUGGCUGCUAUUGACAACAUUGUCUCACUGAGCAGCAAUGUCUUUGUACCUUCUCAUGGAGGAAACAUGGGCCUUCCUGGCCUGGCUAUAUCAUAUAUCGCCUUCACUCUACGGUCUUUCUUCAAGAGAAUGCCCUUUCGGCUGGGAAUACGGGAAAUAGCUGCUUUCUGGGCUUUCUUUCGCCUUAAUUCUAUCUGCCUUUAAUCGCUUUCAAGUCCGUGUGGGGGUAACCUUGUUCCAUAGUUCGCGGGUGUGCUCUCCAUCAGUCUUUCAAAUCUCCCUGUCGCUAGUCAGUCAAGUAGUUCUUGAGUGGACUCGAGGGGCAAAGAGGCUCGAGUGAAACGAAGAGGGAGCCUAUUGAAAGAUCUAACCGCCGGCCACUUCCAGCCGUUUUCUUCAAUAAUAGUGUUGACUUUGG